AUGUCUCAAGAAUACGAAAAACGCCGCCUAGUAGGCGUCCACGCCGAACACGUCUCAAACAUCUCAAGCACAGACUAUCCAGGCGUCUACCCCGGCCUCGACGACUCCUGGAGCCUCUCCAAAUUCAAAAAAGUGCGUCUUCACAACGUCCCGCAACCACCGAAUUCCCCAACUGCCCCAACUGGCUUUUGGGGUUUUGGUGGUUGUAGUCCUAAGGAAGAACAACGCCAACGUAUUCCUUCAAGGCAGAAUCUUAAAGUACAAAUCACCCGCCUCUCGCAACACACGAUAGAGUUCGAUUUAGUAGGCGUAGACGCAUCCAUCGCGAACGCCUUUCGUCGUAUCAUGAUCGCAGAGGUCCCAACAAUCGCAAUCGAGCACGUCUACGUAUGGGACAACACCUCCGUCAUAGUCGACGAAGUCCUCGCCCACCGCAUAGGCCUCGUACCCCUAAACGUAAACCCCUCAAUCAUGGACUCCCGCUCCCCACAAAACGACCCAACAGACCGCGACACCCUCAUCUUCAAACUAGACGUCACCUGCACCCGCAACCCAAACGCUCCAAAAGGCUCAACCAACCCAGACGAACUCUAUAUCAACCAUGAAGUCUUAUCGAGGGAUUUGGUGUGGAGUCCGGUCGGACAGCAGGCGGAGGUGUUUGAAGGGUGUCCGCCGGCGCCUAUCAACCCUAAUAUUGUGUUGACAAAGUUGAGGCCGGGUCAGGCCGUUAAUAUGGAGUUGCACGCUGUGAAGGGGGUGGGUAAGGAUCACGCAAAGUUUACUCCCGUCGCAACCGCCUCCUACCGCCUCCUCCCACACAUCAAAAUCAAAAAACCCAUCCCACCAGAACACGCCGAAAAAUUCGCUAAAUGCUUCUCCCCAGGCGUAAUCAAAGUCGACCCACAAACUAAACAAGUCAGCGUCGACGAACACAACGUCCGAAAAGACACUGUCACCCGCGAAGUCUUCCGACACCCCGAAUUCGCAGAUUCAGUGGAACUCUCUCGAGUUCGCGAUUACUUCCUCUGUGCGUUCGCCUUUUUUUGUUCUUGUUCCUUGGGCGAGAAAGCUAAUUACGUUAUUGAACAGUCAAUGUCGAGUCUGAAGGCCCUUAUGCCCCUGAACGACUGUUACCUGAAGCUAUCAAGGUGA